AUUCCACUCUCUAAUCACUACUCAGAGUAAGCUGGUUACUCAGCUCCUGACAUGAUGAACACGGUUCCGCUCCUGUCCUGUAUUGCACUAACUCUUGUUCUGGCUGCCAAUGGGGCACCAACAUCGCGUCCUCCCACCACUGUGCUGCAGUUCGUACUAGAUGACUUAACGUUGCUCACAGAGAAACUCAAGAAUGUAUCGGAGAGGAUGAAGGGAUAUGAACUCCACAUCCCAAGUAAUACCAGCAGCAUUGAAGCUCUGCAGUGUUUCACUAAAGAACUGAAACCUGUGGCCGGUGCGUUGAAAUAUGAAUCAGAAGAUGCUCAGAAAAUUCAGGAAGACAUCAACAACAUUAAUGUGAAUGUUAAUAGAUUAACGGGACCAGAAACAACACAGUGUCACUACGCCUCCAAGAAGAAGAUUGAAGGGUUUUUCACAGAAUUUAUUUCAUUCUGCCAAAAACUCAUGGGUUUAACUCGAUGAUUACUUACCCGAUUCUCUGGAUGAAGUUAUUUAUUGAAAUAUUUAAAUUUUAUAAUUUAUUUCUGAAUGUGUGGUUUACGAUCUUUUACUGCUGUUGGUCUUAGUUGUCGGAUAAUGAACACAAUAGAUCUUAUGAUCCUAACUGUAAGCCCUAGGGGCUCAAAAACUACUUUAUCUUUAAGUUAUCAUCUCAAAAAUUAUUUAUUAAAUUAUAAGUUGUUAAAUGUGAUGUCUGUGUAGGUCGGUAAAGUUAUUUAAUAAAUUUGAUGAUGGAUAACAACAA